CGCGGGCUCCGGCUGCUGCACCUGCUACUCCGGCUUUCUCCUCCGGGCGAGCGGGACGAGCUCUGCGCCUCGGGUCUUCCUCCGGGGGAAGCCAGCGCAAUGGAGCCGUUGGCGUUGGCGCUCUGGAUAGCGGCUCUGCUGGGACUGUCUUCUGCUGUCUUGGAAGUGGAAGUUGGACAAACGUCAGUCACCGUGAUCGAAGGACAGCAGGCCAUCCUCCCCGUCUGGUAUACGUCCUCCAGUCUCAGCGUUCCCUUUGUCACCUGGCACAGGGAAAGACCUGGGGAGCGUUUUCAGAUCAUGGCCUUCAUGUACGAGACAACCAAAGUGGAAGAUCCCGACCUCAAGCAGCGCCUUGGAUUUUUCUUCCGUAUGCCUUCUCACAAUGUCUCCCUCGUCAUUAAUAAUACCAAAGAAAUGGAUUCUGGCCAAUAUAUGUGCACCGUGAACGUUCCGGACGACAGUACAGUGAAUGGAAGAAAUAUCGGCCUGGUCAACCUUACCGUUCUAGUCCCACCGUCUCCACCAAAGUGUCAGAUUCAAGGCAGUGCACAGGUUGGAGGCAACGUUACCAUGUCCUGCAAAUCUGCUUUUGGAAAACCGGUCCCCGUUUACCGUUGGCAGCGGACUGAGCCCAGUUCUCAGUUUUUCUUUGCACCCACACAAGAUACCAAGAAAGGGAUGUUGACACUCACCAAUCUUACUAUCGACAUGUCUGGGGUGUAUCUCUGCAAUGCCUCCAGCAUAGCUGGCCAUUCCAACUGCACACUCAAUCUGGAAGUGCAUCCACCCUUCAAUACAGCAGUGGUGGCUGGUGCAGUCGUGGGGACCCUCAUCGGACUCGGCCUGAUCAUAUUUUUUACACUUCAGAUGUUUAUCUACCGAAAGAAAAAGAAGGAAGCCCAAGAAGAGAUAGCCAAUGAAAUCAAGGAAGAUGCUGUAGCUCCCAAGACGCUCUCCUGGGUGAAAAAUUCCUGCACUGAUGGACUCUCCAAAAAUGGAACGUUGUCCUCCAUCAACACCUCCCGGGAUCACAAACCCUACGCCAUCCGGGCCCCCUCGGACACGGCCUCCAUCACCACUGCUGCAGGAAGCAUGGUGGGCUUCAAGGCCCCUUUCACCGACCCCAGAAACGGGACCCUCACACCGACCCCCAGCCUUUCCAGCCAAUCGCUGCCCCUCUAUUUUCCACCGGUGAUCAACGGAGUCCAGUGCCAUCAUGCCAAUGUGCCCAUCCACAGGAAUAACCUCCACCGGACAAACCGGGCUCAGCCUCAGGCCCCCCAGCCACAGGAGCCCCCCGCCCCUACUGCUCAAGGCUUAACGGCCUCCACGCUGAAUCGCAUGGGGGCCGUGCCGGUCAUGGUGCCUGCUCAAAGCCAGGCGGGGUCUUUGGUGUAAACGCGGUGUGACUCCAGAGCUCUCCAGGUGACCGUUGGUUUGACUCCUCACAAGCACUGCUGAGAGACAGGCGCGCAUUAUGCUGCUUCGUCAGCCUGUCCGCAGAGGUCCAGGGGUCUCUGUGUGGGUUGGGGCUUGGAUUUGUUCUUCAAGUGACCAAAUGUCAAGACUUUGCCAUAAGUGAGACCUUAUCAGGACUUCUGAAAAGGACUUUUUUUAAAAAAAAGAAAAAAUUGGUAACCAGAAGAGCUUCUGUUUAUCUGUCCAGUCUUAUUCUUCUUGACGCACCAGCCCCAUUCCAUCUCCUCUGGGAAUCUACCUAACAGAGACUAGGUUUAACUGGAUGAAAAUGUGUUUAUUCUCUAACGUGACUCUUAAUGUUGAGGAAGAGAAAGCAAACUGUGAUUUACUGUCUUGGCUUAGAAUAAGAGAAGGAGGUAGAUCUGAAGUCUUUAAGCCAAAUGGGUCAUUCUAUCUUCUCCAAUACUUUUCAAGAAGUAGCUCGCAUAAUGGGAAAUCCUUCAGCCACUUGGGAAGGGAAGGUAAAGAUAAUUGAAACCCACCUGACUCCAUGUCAAAAGUCUACACAUUAGAGAAAUCUGCACAAGUAAAAAAAAAGGGGAUAAAAUCUCAGCUGCCCCAUUCCACCCCUUCCAGGUAGACAUUGUUUUCCAGCAAUGGAUAAAGGUUGCAGCCAAGUGGGGAGGUGUGACUUCCUUUCUUGUCAUUCCUGCUCAAAACUAAAGGACAGUUCAGUCCCAUUGUUUGGUUGGGUUGAUGGCCUACAGGUAGUUCUUGAAGUCCGUUCAAAGGUAAUUAAUGCAUAAACACUUCACCUGCCUCUUGAAACACCUGAUAAUCACAGUAUGUUAGAGGUGUGCAACUGUUUGAAGACCCAAGCUUCCAUAUGAAUGGAGAAGCCACCAUAUAUUACAUUUGAAGAAAAUGCCAUUUUAAUGUAAUUUAUGGAAUAUCGAUGUGAGGAAUGAAUUUCUGUAAUAAGCCUUAAAAUGACAACUUUAAAGUUCAGCACUUAUGAAGGCCCAUUCAAGACUUUGGAGAUUCACCUGCACUUGCUGGGCACUAAAUUAGGUAGUAUCAAUGCCCCCUGAAAUAAGUUUGGUACAAAAUAAAUGCAGCUCUAUUCAAGAGGUUAUCUUUUACCAUGGAUACAACUAGCUGUGUAAUAUCCUUUUUCCUGAAAUGGUAUCCCAGAUUAUUUAAUUUUGGCAGCCUUAGUGACUAGAUGAGUUUAGCUCAGGAUGGAACUAUUUGGAGAGACGAGUGCCAUGAAGUUGCCAAGACUGAAUCAUAAAUGCAAAAAGAGGUCAAAGUAUUGUUAUUCACCCGAGGAUGCUUGGAAAUGGUUUCUGAUAGGAAUAAGUUAAAUGGGAUAGAUUGAAACAAGACAAUAAUUGGGUGGGUGCUCAAGUUUCCGCACUUGGUGGUUUUGAAACUAAAAAGUGGAUGCCACCUUUAAGGUAUGAAUCCAAACAGUAGCUUUGCAAAAGAAAUUCAUCUUUAUAGGACCAUAAAAUGCUUUCCUACAUUUAAUAUUAAUCCAAGCUAAUCAUAUAAUUCAGCAUUGUCAGAUGGCACAGUUCUUAUGAAACUGUUGACACACAGAUCUGUAGAGGUUCUUCACUAGGUCUAUCCAUCCCACCAGUCUUGUGCUGAAAAUUUGGGGAGGGGUUUUUCUGUUGCUUCCUAGCAUCCCUACAAGCCCACUUUUUGAAGUAGUGGUCCUCUAUCAGUUAAGGUAGGGCAUAGCCCACAGAAAUACAGAUGUAGAAUAUGCUUUUCAGGAAGUGCUCCCACCCCUAAGGAAGGCUAGAAGGCAAGGCAAGUUAAGGAAGGAUUCUGCCUUGAAUCCUUGUGUACAGGUAGUCCUUGACUUAUGACCACAGUUGGGGACUGGAACAUCUGGUGCUAAGUGAGGAAUUGUUAAGUGAAUCUCACCUAAUUUAAUGACCUUUUUGUGCCAUGGUUGUUAAGGAGAAUCACCUUGAUUAUUAAGUGAACCACACAAUUGUUCAGAGACUUUGGCUUCCACCAUUGACUUUACUCGUUGGAAGGCAUCUGGGAGAG